UUAGUGUAACGAGUGCGCUUAUAGGUAUUCAUAGACUACAGUAACAGUUUGGACGCUCGAGCCUUGUAUUUGUUUUUAGGUGAAUUGUAACCUUUUCAAUAAAAUGUCAUACAUGCGUAAUCAUCGGGAACAGAUACCCGACUUUUCUGACAGUAGACGUAUUGAACGUGAAAAAAUUGGUAUCAGAGGUAUCAAAGAAGCAUGGAGUUCAUCCCCAAAACACGAUGUAGAUUCGGAUCCAGACGAAACAGUAACUGUAAAAAGGAAAUCUACAGAAGAUGAUGAUUAUGAGAAGAAAAAAAAGCGUAAGAAAGAAAAAAAAGAAAAAAAGAAGAAAAGUAAAAAGUUGAAGAAGGAAAAGAAAACUAAAAAAGCUAAAAAAGUUAAGAAAAGAUCCAAAAAACAUUCCAGUAGUGAUGACUCUUCAAGUGAUAGUGAUAGUGAAGAAGAAUGGGUUGAAAAAUCUGCUGUUUUACCACAGCCUAAAUUAAAGAAGGACCAGGAAUCAGAAGGCAGUGCUGAUGAAGGCAUUAUCGGUCCAGUACAGAAGCCUCAAGGUACCCUCAAUUCAAAAGACUUUGGUAAGGCUCUUUUACCUGGAGAAGGAGCAGCUAUGGCUGCAUUUGUUGCUGAAGGAAAGCGAAUUCCCAGAAGAGGUGAAAUAGGCUUAACAUGCGACGAAAUCGAUGCGUUUGAAUCUGUUGGAUAUGUUAUGAGUGGUAGCAGACAUCGCCGAAUGGAAGCUGUGCGUAUACGUAAGGAGAACCAGAUUUAUUCUGCAGAUGAAAAGAGAGCGCUAGCUAUGUUUAGUAAGGAAGAAAGGCAAAAGAGAGAAACUUUGAUUCUAGGACAAUUUAGAGAAGUUAUCGCUAAAAAACAACUUCAAGAUAAAAGUAAAUAAUAAUUUUUUGUUGUUUUUAAAAUUUAUGUAAAAUAUUUUGUAAAUAAUAAUUGUGAUUCUGUAAAAGAAACGAAAAUGUAAAUAAAUUGUGUACACAUUUCAUAGCUACAUGAUAAAUUUCAGUUAUGAUCUACAUCAAACCAUGUAAAUAAACUUCUUUUAAAUAAAUACUUGUAAAGUUUAAA